AUGAGUCAUAGAAAAUCUCAUUCUUAUGGAAGCAUACCCUUCUCAUGGGAGGACAAGCCAGGAAUUUGCAAGACUCCAAACAAGGACUAUCCUUUAAAUAUCAUAAAUCCAAAACCAUUUUCCAAAUUCUCACCUAGUAAGAACAAGAAAAACAUUAUAGAAUUUCAACAAGACAAGAAGAUUCCUAUUCCUUUGCCUCCUUGUCCAACUACACAACCUCCUCAAAGAAGCACUUCGGGGAAGGGAUUCAAGUUACAACAAGACCCUUUUCUUGUGGCGUACAAGGAAUGUACUAAAAGUGAGAAAAGUUGCAAGUUUCAAAGCAAGAACAAAAAAGCACUUUUGAGAAACUAUUGUAUUUUUUCAUGUAGAAAUGCAAUGGAUGUAAAGGAUGAUAGUUAUGUUAAACUAUCUAGGCUUCCUCCUCUUGCUAAACAUAGAGAUCGAUCUCAAAUGUUUGAGGAUGUGCAUCAACGAGGUUUCAACUAUGAUUCUUGGUUUUGA